GUGGUGCUGGUGUCCUGCGGCAGCUUCAACCCCCCGACCUUCAUGCACCUGCGCAUGAUGGAGCUGGCGCAGCAGCAGCUGAUGAAGUCUGGCUACGACGUGCUGGGCAGCUACAUGUCCCCAGUGAACGACGCGUACUGGAAGCAGGCGCUGGCAGCGGGCAGGCACCGCGUGCGCAUGUGCCAGCUGGCGACAGCUGAUUCGGGUGGCAUCAUGGUUGACAGCUGGGAGGUGGAGCAGCGGCAGUACACGCGCACCCUGUUUGUACUGCAGCGUCCCGCGGCGGGGGCCUGCCCGCCCGUGACGCCUCGCGUGCUGCUGGUAUGCGGUGCCGACGUGCUGCACAGCAUGGCAGACCCCACCAUGUGGCGCCAGGACCUUCUGGAGACGCUGCUGUCCAACCACGGCGUGGUGUGCGUGUCGCGCAACGGCUCAGACGUGGCACGCCUGCUGGACCGCCCUGGCACGCUGCUGCACUCCUACCGCCGCAACGUGACUGUGGUGGAGGAGCCGGUGCCAAACGAGAUCUCCUCCUCUCGGGUGAGGCACGAGCUGGAGCAGGGCCACUCUGUGCGGUACCUCACACCUGCCUCCGUGGUGCGCUACAUCUACGACCAUGGCCUGUACGGUACCGCCGCCGCCGGCCAGCGCCCCAGGUGGCUCCACCCCGGCAGCCAAAAGGUGGACACUGAGCGGGACUGA